AUGGCACCCUCCAAUCCCAACGCCGCCCUUGACCGAAUGCCGGUGGAACUCCUCCUAAUCACUGGAGAGGACCUUGACCAGCAGUCCAUGAAGGCUUUGACUCUGGUCUCUAAGAGACUUCGACUCAAACUCCUUCCCUAUUAUCCGAUGAAAGUCACUUUCACUGGCGAUGUUUCUGAGAUUGCCGCAAGACUGGCGCUCCUGAUGGAGGAACACCCGGAUUCUCCAUCCGGGUCUAUGUACCAAUACGUCAAACACGCUUGCUUCAAUUUGGAACCAUCCAAAUUGAUUCCCCAGUCUCACCCAAUCAAUGACCUUGUCGGAGACUUCUGCCGCCAGCCCACGAGACUCAAGAAGGUCACGAUAUUUUCCUACGAUAUCUACAAAGUACUGGUAACCCAAGCUCCUCAGCUGAAGCGGCUUGCAGUCAUGGGUUUUGAGGGGAUGCCCAGAAUCGGGCCAAACCCACGAUUGACCACGAGGAUUCUGGAUGAUAUCCGCCACAACUUCCAGCAGAUGGAGACCUUGGUUCUUGGCGAGUUUCUCAACCCUAAGUUCCCUUGGGGUCAGCAACAAUUCCGAACCAUGAAAGAUCGGGCUGAGCUGAACAUCAUGGUUGUGAAGGUCAGCAUGGCCUUGAACUCCAUGCCACAGCUGACCCGAUUUGCUUUCGUGCUCACUGACGAGACGAUCGGAGAACGCGUCGGCACCCCUGAGGAGUGGUUUUACCCAUGGUAUAGGGGCCAAUACGACACCAAGGAAGAGUGGUAUUCCCAUCUCGUGCGCGCCAUUCUCGGUGUUGUUCCCGGGCUUCAGCAGCUUUGCGUCAGAGCUCGGCGUUCAGUCUACUGUCGGGGCACCAGAAUCCCUGCGGAUUCAAAUCUGACUAUCACGUGGAAGACCGAUCAGGAAGAAACGACUGACGAAUUUGACAACUUCUUCGUUUAG